CUCGAACGACAACAAUUCCUCACCAAAUUCAUUACUUACAGGAGGAGUUUUAGUUGAGGCGAAACAUCGAGUCCUCGGUAUCAUGGGUACUUGCUAGUCCUGUUCCUCUAAUCUAGACUUGUUGUGGUCAUGUCGCGGAUCCUAUGUGUGGCCGAGAAGCCUGCCAUCGCCAAAGCCGUGGCCCAGCACUUGUCGGGAGGCGCUUUCCAAACAAAUAAUGUAACCGGUAAUCGAUAUGUGAAAAACUAUCAAUUUGAUUUCAAUUUUGGUGCGCCAUGGGGCCAUUGCCAUGUCACUAUGACCAGUGUCCUCGGCCAUCUGACCGAGUUGGAAUUCGGGCGAGAGUACAAAAGUUGGCUCUCCUGCCCACCGGGGGCCCUCUUUGAGGCCCCUGUUCACGAGGCAGUGUCUUCCGACAAAACUGCCAUUGCAAGGAACAUCCAGCAGCAAGCACGACAAAGUAAAGCUUUGUUUAUUUGGACUGAUUGCGAUCGAGAGGGUGAACAUAUCGGAACUGAGAUACGAAAGCAGGCCAAGGAAGGGAAUGCUCGCAUUCUCGUCAAGCGGGCUAGGUUCAGUAAUACCGAGAGAGCACACGUCUUAAAUGCCGCUCGCACACUCAUAGAAAUUGAUGAUCUUCAAGCAAAUGCAGUAGCAGCCAGGAUAGAGCUUGAUCUCCGCAUUGGUGCUGCAUUUACUCGUCUACUCACGCUCCAACUGAAACCAUUAUCCAGUGCUUUGGAGGAUACCAUUGUAAGCUAUGGAUCUUGCCAAUUCCCGACCCUGGGUUUUGUCGUAGAUCGAUACCUACGAGUGAAAAACUUCAAACCUGAAACUUUCUGGGUCAUCAAGGUCAUGUUAUUACGAGAGGGAAUCAAAGUCAAUUUCCUAUGGAAGCGUGUGCACUUGUUCGACAGAGCCGCCGUAACAGUCAUGCUUGAGCGGUGUCUCCUCGCAAAAAAAGCCAGGGUCACGAAAGUCAACCAGAAACCUACCAGUAAAUGGCGGCCCUUGCCGUUGACAACGGUGGAUUUGCAGAUGAUGGGCAGUAGGUUCCUUCGCAUGGAUAGUCAGACAAUCAUGAAGGUUGCCGAAGCGCUCUACACCAAGGGUUUUAUCAGUUACCCGCGUACCGAAACGGAUCAAUUCGACAAAGCCAUUGACUUGAAGAAAUUGGUUGAAAAGCAAUUACCGGAUCAGAACUGGGGACAGUACGCUCGAGGUCUCCUCGACGGCGGAUUCCGAACCCCCCGAGCCGGCCGCCACAACGAUCAAGCCCACCCUCCCAUCCACCCCAUCUGUUGGGUCUCCCCUACAGCUCUCAGCGCCGACGAGAAGAAAGUGUACGAGUUUGUGGUCCGACGCUUCCUCGCCUGCUGUUCUGAAGACGCCAAAGGCCAGUCCACCGAGAUCGAGAUCGAGUACGGCGAUGAGACGUUCCACGCCAAGGGCCUCCUCGUCCUCGAACGCAACUAUCUGGAUGUCUACGUGUACGACAAGUGGGAAAGCAGCCAGCAGCUGCCGAGCUUCCAGAUGAGCGAGCAGUUCGAGCCGACAGAGGCCAAGAUCUUCGACGGCAAGACCACACCCCCGAACUACCUCACCGAACCCGAGUUGAUCGCGCUGAUGGACGCCAACGGUAUCGGGACCGACGCCACGAUGGCGGAGCACAUCGCCAAAAUCAAGGACCGGCACUACGUCGCCGUCAAUACGCGCGGAGGCGGCCGCAGCGCGGUCAAGGAGUUGAUCCCCACGCAGCUGGGCAUCGCCUUGGUCGAGGGCUACGACAAUGUCUUCGCCGGUAUGCCCAAUAACCCGUCUCUGAGUAAGCCUUUCCUUCGCAAGGAGAUGGAAACUCGAAUGCGGGAGAUUUGCGCUGGGUCACGCAUACGACAGGAGGUCGUGCAGGAGAGCCUGGAUAUGUAUCGCGAGUACUUUGUGCAUACCAAUCGACGCAUCAAUGCGCUAAAGGAUGCCAUUCGCAAGUAUCUUCCUAAUUGA